AUGAACCUGGCUCUCCUUUCACUUGCCUUUCUACUCUUCUGUUUAGGCACCGUUACUGGCGAUCCUCAGACCUUGGAUGCUUCCCAGAUUCACGCUGUUCUCCAACAGGGACAGCAAUAUAAGCACGAGCUGCAGCUUGAAAAGCAACGCUUCCAUGACAGCAUAAAAGCAUACAACGCAGACAAUGACGCAGGGCUCUUUCGACUUGCAGGCGUGAAACUGGAUGAUUUUACAGCAUUCGAGAAUCUCGUCUUUGGCAUGUUUGAGAUCUACGGCCAGACCGUCCAUCGAAAACACGGCACCUACGACUUCAGAACACCGGCCCUAAAGUUGACCUUUGAUUUCCAACUAGCCAUCAAAGAAUCGCACGUCCACCUUAAAUCGCACUCGUUCGAUGAGCUUAGCAGAAUGACUCAAUCGCCACCGCCACCCAAAGACCUUGAGGGCAAUGACGAGGAAGCAGCCAUUGAAAAGUCGCCAAAGACAGCAGUGACUGGAUAUACACCGCAUCAUGUGCAUAGUGAAGGCGAUGCGCCCGACUCACGCGAAGCAAUCCAAGAAAUGCUCCACGGAAUGUUGCAGGACGUCCGUCAAAAUGCGGACCAGCUAGAACAAGGCAUGCACCAACAUAAUCUAGCGUUCCCUUCAUCAGGCGAAGGCGCAACAAUCGAGACUGUGCUGAAAUUGAAUGAUGAGGAUACGCAAGAGGAUGAAAAUGCGGUUUUGAUCGACCAAGACAACAAUGAAUACAUCAUGACGAGACCGUUUGAUACGACUGUGAUCUAUGAAGAUAUGCAACUGUUGCAUGAUUUCAUUUUGAUCGUCGUGACCUCGUUUGGGUUUGGCUGGCUAUUUUCGAUAAUGGGUCUCCCUGUGACAGGCCCUUCGGGUUAUAACCUUAUCAGGGAACUGAUUCAAACGGAGACGCUUGCUCAGCUCGGAGUCGUGUUCAUCGUGUUCGUCUUGGGUCUCGAAUUUUCUCUGGAAAAGCUGAGAGCCAUGUGGCGGCUCGUGCUAGGGGGCGCCAUGAUGAUCCUCGUGGUGACCGUACUGUUUUUUGUGAUUAUGGGUGCUAUUCUUGGCGCUUCGAUGAAGGAAGCUAUUUUUGUCGGCGCAUGUGUGAGUCUGAGUUCGACGGCCGUCGUGGUGAAAUGCAUCAAGCUGGACCAUUUGGAACACUUGUACGGUCUACUGGUGAUGCAGGAUGUGCUGCUCGGAUUUAUGCUGGCCAUCAUCCCUGCACUUGCCGAGUCAGGUGUUCAGGUUCUGUUUGCAGUUCUCAAGAUCGCCUUAUCGUUUUCCGUGUUUGGCAGUCUGUGCUUUGCUAUUGUCAAGCUGAUGCCAUUGUUGCCGCGUGUUAUACACAAAGCAUUUCCUAAUUUAAAGGUCGCCUAUAAUCACGAACUGGUGGUGCUGGGCACCAUCGCUGUCUGCCUGGUCAUGCUCCUUGUUUCGGAUUACCUGGGUCUCGGAAUGGAGAUUGGUUGCUUUGCCGCAGGCGUGAUCGUGCGCUCUCGGAAAAACCUCUUUGAGUCCGCUCUGGCCGUGAUUGAGCCUGUGCGCGAUUUGUUUGCAUGUCUGUUCUUUGCAUCCAUCGGCCUCCAUGUGUAUCCUUCCUUCCUGGCCUCCGAAGCAAUCCUGCUACUCACCCUUGCCGGCGGCGUGAUUGGAUUCAAGUACAUUGCAACCUCCGUCAUCCUGGUCUUCCUCAAACUCGACUUCCGCAAGUCUUCCACGAUGGCCAUUGCCUUGGCGCAGAUCUCGGAAUUCGGCUUUGUGCUCGCAUCCCGUGCCAAACAGCUGGAUAUUAUCUCCCGCGAAGUGUACUACCUGCUGCUCGCUGUGACAUCGCUAACCCUGCUAUCGACUCCCCUGCUAUGGAAGCUGAUGAAUCGGUCAUCGCUCCUCCACGAUCCAACUACGUCGUCUGGAAACCAGUCGACCAUCCCAUCAUCUAUUCUGCCUUCCUCCUCGUCGUCUUCUUCUUCUGCUGCUGCUGCUGCUGCUGCAAGUAUUAAUCAUCAUCAUCAUCCUCAUCAUCGCUUACAUCAACACCAGCAACAUAGUAGGGACCCUGACGAUCAUCAUCCUGUGAUAUCUAUUUCGCUCGACGACUCGGCGGAUAAAUUUGCUUAG